AUGGGGGUCAUUCCGCGCUUGCUUGUCUUAAUAGGCGGACUGCUCCCGGCCAUUAUCGCAGCGGUUGAGCCACGGAUACCGUUUUUCCCAUCGUUAGACCCAUUCUAUACGCCGAAGGAUGGGUCUUGGGAGGAACUGGACCCUGGAACAAUCAUAGACCACCGCCAAGUGCAUAUCAAUUCACUCCGUUACGGCAUCCCAUCUACCGCCACAGCAUAUCAACUGCUAUAUGUCACCAAGGACCUGAACAACAACGCAAACCACUCAGUCACAACGAUAGUCAUCCCCAAAAACGCAAAGAAAGACCGACUUCUAUCCGUGCAGCCCGCCUAUGACUCGCCAGACAUCAAUUGCUCUCCAUCAUACGGGCUCCAGGUCGGGGCGGUCGGCCCCUCCCUAUCCUGGAACAUGAUGGAUUUAUCCUUCGUACAACCGUUCGUACGAGACGACGGUCCAGUUCUGAAUAUUCCUGACUACGAGGGGUGGAACGCUGCCUUCACCGUGGGCCCGCAGACAGCCUACCACGUACUCGAUUCGAUCCGUGCGGCAUUCAACUUCAAGGACAAAAUUGGCCUCCAGCCUAAUGCCAGAACGGUACUGUACGGGUUCUCCGGUGGCGCGUAUGCUACCGAAUGGGCUUGCGAGAUGCAGCCCAGUUAUGCCCCGGAUCUGACCCAGAUUGUGGGUGCUGCCAUGGGCGGUCCUCCUCCCAACAUUACGAACACCUACAUUUACUGUAAUGGGGGAGAUUGGGCAGAGCUGAACGUGUGGGCAGUGCUGGGCAUGAUGAACGCUAUCCCCGAGAUAAAAGAAUACAUCGAUAAGGAUCUGCUGGACGAGCACCGCGAGGAGUUCUAUGGUCCUAUGAGACGCUGUAGUCGUCACUUUGGCGUGGAAGAAGUUCCCCCGUCUCUGGCGUUCAGGAACAUCUCCUCCUUUUUCAAGCACGGAGACCACUUCUUGUAUAAGUUCCGUGAGACGCUGGACCGGUUUGGCGUUAUGGGGAAGACUGGGGCCCCCAAGUUCCCAAUGUAUAUCUACCAAGGAACAAAGGACGAGAUCGUGCACCCGAUCGGAGUUACGAAUCAGCUUGUGCGGGACCUCUGCGAGAAGGGUGGCAAUGUACGCUACGUCCAAUACCCUUGCACAGACCAUAUGAAUACCUUGAUUAAAGGGGGAACUGCUGUCUGGAUCUGGAUUGGGAAUCUCCUAUCUGGCCUCCCUACGUGGCCGGGAUGUCAGUAUCGGGACUUGAAUCCGCCGAUCGAUGGAUCUGAUGAUGGCUGCCCGAAAGACGGGGAAGAAGUCCUCGCGAUGGAUGAGUAUUAUCCACAGUUGGAAGCUUUCGCACGGGACGAGCUGAAGUGA